AAAGAAACAACUGAUCGAGAUGCAGAUUCAUCCCAGCGAGGGGGAGAGAGGGAUCGGGACGAUACUGUAGGAGACAUGAUCGCUGAGUGUGUGAGCGGCGCGGUUGCUAUUGCUCUGUAUCUGAACACACUGAGCGCUGAUUUCUGCUACGAUGACAGCCGAGCUAUUAAAGCUAACCAAGAUCUACUGCCAGAGACACCUUGGACAAAUAUCUUUUACAAUGACUUUUGGGGAACCCUUCUUACACACAGUGGCAGCCACAAGUCCUUCCGCCCGCUGUGUACUCUUUCCUUCCGCCUUAACUCUGCCUUUGGAGGCUUGGAUCCCUGGAGUUAUCAUCUUGUCAAUGUGUUAUUGCACAGCGCAGUCACUGGCCUCUUCACAAACUUCUCUCGGAUACUGUUUGGUGAAGGAUAUUGGACGUUUAUUGCAGGCCUGCUGUUUGCAGCUCACCCGAUCCACACAGAAGCAGUGGCGGGGAUCGUAGGAAGAGCAGAUGUUGGGGCAGGGCUCUUUUUCCUCCUCUCUUUAAUGUGCUACAUCAAACAUUGUGGGUCCAGGGGUCGAUCUCUGCGUAGCUGGGCCUGGUUAUUGGGAAGCUUCACUUGUGCUGCAUUUAGCAUGCUCUGGAAAGAGCAGGGAGUGACUGUCCUGGCUGUUUCUGCUGUCUACGAUGUUUUCAUCAAUCGAAGGCUCAAAGUCUAUCAGCUCAUCUCAAUGAUUUACAAGAGGCAGGUUACUUCGCUUUUGCUAAGGGUGGGGUUGUUGGCAGCCUGGGGUGCCACCUUACUGGGGCUCCGCUUAUACUGGAUGGGCAACAAGCCACCAAGCUUCUCGAAAUCUGACAACCCAGCAGCGGACGCAGACAGCCUGCUGACGCGCACCUUCACCUUUCACUAUUUGCCAGCACUGAAUGUCUGGUUGCUGCUGUGCCCAGACACUCUGAGCUUCGAUUGGUCCAUGGAUGCCGUGCCACUAAUCAGCAGUGUCGGUGACUGGAGGAACCUUCACACUUUAUUGUUCAUUGUGGGACUCCUGCUUCUCAUCUCUACGAGCCUGAAGGCUCCAAAAGACCAAGCUUGCAAUGGGAAAGCAGCGCUCAACGACAAACAGAAUACAAAUGGGCACAGCUGCCACUCAGCUCUGGAGUAUGGGAACUCUGAACACGGGUUUUAUUUUAGACCGAGAACAGACAACCUUAUAAUGAAUGAAUCAAUUCAGGGACCACCACUUCCUUUAACAGAGAACACUGCCAUUUUCUCAUUAACGCUGUUAAUAGUGCCAUUCCUGCCCGCCACCAACCUCUUUUUCUACGUGGGUUUUGUGAUAGCAGAGCGUAUCCUGUACAUUCCAAGCAUGGGCUUCUGUUUGCUGGUAACAGUGAGUUUAAGGGCCCUCUCUGUCCGAAUGAAGAAAAAAGCCUUUAAGAACCUGGUUUUAUCUGCAGCUGCUGCUUUAGUUGUCUUAUAUGGACUGAGAACCAUAGUGAGGAACAGAGACUGGCAUGACGAGGAAAUGUUGUAUAGGUCAGGGAUAAAAGUGAAUCCGGCUAAAGCGUGGGGUAACCUCGGGAAUGUUCUGAAAAGCCAAGGCAAGGUUUUGGAAGCUGAAAAGGCCUAUAGAAACGCCUUGUACUAUCGUAGCAACAUGGCUGAUAUGCUUUAUAAUUUAGGUCUGCUUCUUCAGGAAAAUGAGCGGUUCUCAGAGGCCCUGCACUACUAUAAAUUGGCAAUUGGUUGCAGGCCUACCCUGGCAUCUGCCUACUUGAACACUGGGAUUAUCCUAAUGAACCAGGGCAGGUUGGAAGAAGCCAAGAAAACCUUUGUCAUAUGCGCUGACAUCUCCGAUGAAAACCUAAAAGACCCUCAUACUCACAGGAGUUCUGUAACAAGCUGCUUAUACAACUUGGGCAAACUCCUGCAUGAACAAGGACAACAUGAGGACGCACUAGUUGCUUAUAAGGAGGCAAUACAGAAGAUGCCAAAGCAGUUUGCACCACAAAGCUUAUACAACAUGAUGGGUGAAGCCUACAUGCGACUAAACAAAUUGGCAGAGGCUGAGCACUGCUACCUGGAGUCCCUCCGCUCGAAGCCUGACCACAUCCCUGCCCAUCUGACAUAUGGAAAGCUUUUGGCACUCACUGAUCGUAAGGAAGAGGCAGAGAAGUAUUUUGUUCGGUCCAUCCAGUUGGAUCCUGCGAAAGGCAACUGCUACAUGCAUUAUGGCCAGUUUUUGCUGGAAGACUCCCGGCUGCUUGAAGCUGCUCAGAUGGCGGAGAAGGCCGCUCAGCUGGAGAGCACAGAGUUUGAUGUUGUUUUCAAUGCUGCCCACAUGCUGAGACAAGCUGGCCUGAAUGAAGCAGCUGAGAAACAUUAUGGAUUGGCAGCAGGACUGCGACCUAAUUAUCCCGCAGCUCUGAUGAACCUGGGAGCCAUCCUUCAUCUGAAUGGGAAGCUGCACCAGGCUGAGGCAAAUUAUCUCCGAGCUCUCCAGCUCAAGCCCGACGACAGCAUUACCCAGUCCAACCUCCGCAAACUGUGGAACAUCAUGGAGAAGCAAGGCUUGAGCGUGCAAAAGAACAGAAACGGAAAAACGUAAGCCAGACGGGGCUUAUGGUGUUAAACUACAAGGAAUCAGAAAAGGCCUAGCUUCAGACAGAGCCAGUCUUCCCUUGGGCUUGCUGAGCCAGCGGGCCAUCAGAGCACUUAAGCAGAUUAAUGAAUAAUUGAUGCUUGUUGGCUGAAGACAAACACAUAGACAAGUUUAUUUUUUAAAUUUCGAGCACUUAAGCCUCAAAGCUCUCUAACACACAUGGCCACAGCUUUCCUUAUCUGCUGAAAGGCCUAACCGUCAACUGCAAGCGUCUGAGCUAUGCUGCUGCAAAUUACUGUUUGCAGACAAAUUGCAGACAAGUUGCAGAACACUAGGUUUUAGCAAAUUAGCAACAACUUUGUGAAUUGGGACCACGUACCUGUCAGGAUAUGAAGCUCAUAUAGGAAGGCAAUGUUGAGUUACGGUUUGAGGCUCAAGGUCAAGUAUUUGUUUGUUAAGAAUGUCCCACAUCCACACGGGUUCCUUUAGUGCUAGACAGUGCUCUGUAUGGUCCUGGAAUAUCAUAUGUAGUAGUGCAAAACAUCUUGUGUGAUUUUUAUGGUCUAGAAGGUGUCGGUGAUGUUCUCUGACUGAGGAAAAUGUACGUCUCUGCCAUUGAAAAGGAAUAAGAAUGAAAUAUUGCACCUCCUUAUAUAGCAACAGCAGAACUACCAUUUUUUGAAAGUUUAACAAAACGGAUCUUUGUUAGCAUUUUUAGGAGGGGAGGGGGAGAAAAUGAAUUUACUAGCUACGUUUGGUCUAAUGCUUUUUAUUGUUGUUGGUUUGUUUACAAUGCAAUAGAUCUCACGAGUGAGUGGUCGAAUACAUUCCGGCUCUGUAUCAAUUUUUUUUGUGCGAUGGUUAAGUCGCUACAUAAAGACAUUGUUUCACAUUUGUACUUCACUCGCACAAAUCAAACAGCAGGGAAUUUUUUCUUCUUCUUUGCGUGAAUGUGGCAGAAAUGACUAAUGCUCUGUCUUUGUUGCCAUUGUGUUGUAGCAAUGAUUCAUUUGUGGGUCGGUCCGAGAGGAAGAGGGAAAGUUAAGCAUUGGCUAGUGGGGGGAGGGGAGGUGGUAGAAUAAGGGAAGAAUAAGCAGGUGCUCCCCUACUUUCCCUAUGCCUGGCCAAUCCUUUUGGCUUCUGAAUAAUGCUGAUAAGUAUUACAUGUGUGUUGCUGCUCAGGGAUUUCAUACAGCGUGUUCUAGACGGUGCUAAAGAGCACUAAGCGUGUUUACUAAAUUAAAAAUUUUAUUUUUGAAAUUGUUGUAUUUGUAUAAAUUAUCCAAAUUUGUAGAUUUGUUUCCUUUUGUAAAGAUGACUGUGAUAAUAGUAAUUCACAGGCUUUCCCCAAUAAAUACAUUUUAAAAAUAAAAAAAGCAGUCAUUA